AUGUCCCCGGAUUCAAUUGGCAUCCCGACCUCAAUCCAAAUGUGGAUCGGUAUGAUCUCGGUCUGGAUCGGCGGGGCGAUCAGAAUGGCUUGUUAUCGUGAGCUGGGGAGGUUGUUCACCUACGAGCUUACGAUCCGGGAGAAGCACAGGCUCGUCACGAGCGGGCCUUAUUCGAUUGUUAGGCAUCCUAGUUACACCGGCUGCGCAAUCCUUGCCAUAGGAAUGUCCAUCUAUCACCUCUCCCCCGGAACUUACUGGACCGACUCCUCGCUGAUGCAGCAAACCUACUUCGGCAAGCUCGUCGCAUUGCUCUGGACGGUCAUCCUGGUAUACUCGGCGUUGGUGUUCAUGAGGGCAGAGAAGGAGGACAAGAUGUUGAAGGAGGAGUUUGGGAAGGAGUGGGAGGAGUGGGCGGAGAGGACGAAGUGGAGGUUCAUCCCUUGGGUGGCUUGA